GCGGUCGCUAUGGAGCUGUUGGGCGAGUACAUCGGACUGGAAGGGCAGCGACAGCAGCUGCGGGUGCCUUGUGAGGCGCCGGGCGUCACCGACCCAUUCCAGAGCUUGUUGUCCGGUGUGGCUCAGAUGAGGGAGCUGGUGACUGAGCUCUUCGGCUCUCAGGUACAGCCGGAAGCACAGGACCGGGGGACGGCGGCUCCCGACGAGGCCUUGGACGGGAUGUGCUGGCAGGAGGCGGAGCAGCCGUACUGACCUACGAGGUGGCAGCUGAGUGCUGAGGAUGCAGAGAAAAAAGACAGAAAGAGCCUGGGUUGCUAAUGAGUUAUUGGAGGGAGGCAAUGCAC